ACACGCCGGUACUAAUCUCUCCCUCUCUCGACACAGAAAAAGAAGAAGAAGAAGAAGAAGAAGAAGAAGAAGAAGACAGUUGUUUGAGUUGUCUCCUUUUUCCGUUAUUCAAAUGUAGUAUUCGCAGAAUCAUCCAAACUCUGCUUCAGUUAAAUCUAUGUCACGUAUAGAUACGUAUAUCUACGCAUGUGUACCGGUGGAUUGUAGACACAGACUGUGAGGUUACGCAUCGGAGUUCCGAUGACGACGAAUUAUAGCACGUCCCGGAGCCCCGGGAGCUCGAAGUUUCAGUUGGGUGGGAGUGCGAGUCUAGCAUCCAGGCUGAGAUCGUCGUCGUUGAAGAAGCCGCCGGAGCCGCUGCGCCGAGCUGUCGCGGAUUGUCUCUCGGCUUCCACACCGGCAAACCAUGGAACCUCCUCCUCGGCCGCUGAAUCGUCGCGGACUCUCCGGGAUUACUUGGCAUCACAUCAAACAACUGAUUUGGCUUAUGGUGUAAUUUUAGAUCAUACCCUAGCCGAACGUGAACGCAGCCCUGCGGUGGUAGCAAAAUCUGUGGCACUUUUGAAACGGUAUCUUUUAAGGUAUAAACCAAGUGAAGAGACACUGCUACAGAUUGAUCGGUUCUGUUUAAGCAUAAUUGCUGAAUGUGAUAUGACUACAAAUCGAAAACUGGCACCAUUAUCACGCCCAUUAAGUCAACAAAGUGGUGCAUCAGCAGCAUCUACCACUGUAUCUCCUUUACCAGUGUCAAGUUUUGCCUCAGCUGGACUUGUUAAGUCCUUAAAUUAUGUUCGUUCUCUAGUGGCUCAACAUAUCCCAAAGCGGUCAUUUCAACCAGCAGCUUUUGCUGGAGCACCUUUGGCAUCAAGGCAAGCACUUCCAUCGCUGUCACAUUUGUUGAGAAAAUCCUUCAAUUCCCAACUAAACCCUUCAAAUGUUAAAGAAUCUCCAAAGAAUAAAGAAAAUUCUACUGUAUCUGCGUCUGAUUCACCAAUUCUCGAAGAAGUUGAUACCCUGGAAGAUCAUGAUUUCAUGGCAGUAGAUGUAUUUAAGUGGCGCUGGUGCAGAGACCAACAACUGUCAUCAACUUUGCCUAAUAGUGACCAAAUUUUGAAUCCCAAAGAUGUUGGUGGUCAUAAUUUCCUAGAAGUAGGUGCCGCAGCUCUGCUUGUAGGGGACAUGGAAGCCAAAAUGAAGGGUGAGCCUUGGAGAAUCUUUGGCAGUGCUGAAAUGCCUUACCUAGAUCAGCUAUUGCAACCAUCUUUGCUGACUACUGUCACAAAUUCUGCCUCUGCUCGUGCACACUUAAGAGCAAUAACAGCACUAAAGCGCUCUAAAGCAGGGCCUAAUCAAAUAUGGGAGGAUUCUCCAGUGAGCACCUUCCGUCCUCGUGCUAAGCCACUCUUUCAGUAUCGACACUACAGUGAACAACAACCAUUGCGACUAAAUCCUGCAGAGGUGUGUGAAGUUAUAGCUGCUGUUUGCUCAGAGACUCCCGCUCCAAAUGCUCUUUUCAUGACUGCCUCAUCUAAAUUAAGUAACAACAGUGGGAAGCCAUCAAUAGAUGUAGCUGCUAGUGUUCUUGUAAAACUUGUAAUUGACAUGUAUGUUUUAGAUUCUGAGCUUGCUGCUCCUCUUACUCUAUCAAUGCUUGAGGAAAUGAUCAAUGCUCCUCGGUUGGCAUCAAAAGCUAGGGCUUUUGAUUUAAUUCUUAAUCUUGGAAUUCAUGCCCACUUAUUGGAGCCUCCAGCAGCUGAUGAGGCUUCCACAAUUGCGGAAGAAUAUUCUGAAGAAGCAUAUUUUGACUGCGAAACUCAAUUUUCUCCAGAAAGGAAAAAAUCAACAGGAAAUUCUUCGGCUAUCGAUAAAUUUGAGUGUUGGAUUUUAGGCAUUCUUUAUGAGGUUCUUCUUCAUCUUGUUCAGAUGGAAGAGUGCGAAGAGUCUGUAUGGGCUUCUGCCCUCAGUUGUUUACUUUAUUUUGUGUGUGAUAGAGGCAGAAUACGAAGAAGCAGACUUAGAGGUCUUGACAUAAGGGUUGUUAAGGUACUCAUAUAUGUUAGCACUAAAAACUCAUGGGCAGAAGUAGUUCAUUCCAAGCUUAUUGGCAUGUUAACAAAUAUGUUCUAUGAAAUUCCCGAAGAGUCUGAUAAAGCUCUUUCAGCUAUACCUGUUUUUCUUAUUCAGCAAGUUGAUCUGAUUGGAGGAAUGGAAUUCAUAUUUGUGGAGUUAAUGCUGUCAAACUCCAGGGAAGAGAGAAGGAAUUUAUACCUGGUUCUUUUUGAUUACGUUGUGCAUCAAAUUAAUGAGGCAUGCAUAGUGGCUGGAAUUUCUGAAUAUAGUGAUGAUGAAGUUCAGCCUAUUGCAACGCUGCUUAUGCGUGCAGAUAUACCUGAAGCCUUACACAUUUCAAUCAAACUCGGGGUGGAAGGUAUUUUGGAGCUUUUGCAAAGAUCUACAUCUACUCAACUAUCAAGAUAUCCUAAUAGUGACCGGCUUAUUACGUUCUUGGAAAAAGUUGUUGAGAAACUUGAGGUGCUUAUAAAGUCAUUUACACAUCUAGACAAAGAGUUCGCUCAUUCAAGACAAAUAACUAAAUCUCUCAAAACUUUGAAAAGCAUCGAUGAAGUUUUACUUAUCAAAAAGGGCAUUGAUGGAGUUUCUGGAAACAGUAUUCACAUGCAGGCGAAGCUCUCUUGGGCUACUUUACAUUCUCUUCUUCAUUCAGAGAGACAAGCUUGUCGUCAUAAUGGCUAUCUAUGGUUGGGUGAUCUACUGAUUGCAGAAAUUACUGAGGCAAGGGAUGCGAGUAUAUGGUCAAGCAUCAGAAAGUUGCAGCAGAAAAUUAAUUCCCUUGCUAAAGUUAAUGACUAUUCACCAGAUUUAGAUAUCCCCUUAUCCAUUUGGCUCAUGUUUGGGAUGCUAAAGUCAAAAAAUAACCUUAUUAGAUUGGGAUUCCUAUUUGUUCUGGAGAGGCUUCUUAUGCGAUGUAAAUUUUUGUUGGAUGAGAGUGAAGUCCAACAUGCGAUCAGUGGUGAAGCUGUUGGAAAUAUACAUGACAAGAGUCGCCUUGAGAAAGCAAAUGCAGUUAUAGAUAUUAUGAGUAGUGCAUUGUCCCUGAUGGCCCAGUUAAAUGAAACUGACUGCUUGAAUAUAUUAAAGAUGUGUGAAAUCCUGCUGUCUCAAUUGUGCCUUAAAGUUUCAUCAAAUGCUACAACGCCUGGUGCUAAAGACACUGGCUGGAACAAGAAGGGUGAUACAGGGGAACUUCUCUCUCAGUAUCUAGAGGAACCUUUCAGAGAAACAAGUACCAAACAUGGCAAAAGUAAAGACCCUCCGAUAUGUGAAACUGCAUCCAUGGCAGCACUGCUUCUUCACGGACAAGCAAUUGCUCCUAUGCAAUUGGUUGCACGAGUUCCUACUGAUUUGUUUUACUGGCCAUUGAUCCAACUAGCCGGUGCAGCAACAGACAAUAUUGCAUUAGGGGUAUCUGUUGGUAGCAAAGGAAGAGGAAAUGUUCCUGGUGCCACUUCAGACAUAAGAGCUACCCUGUUAUUACUUUUAAUUGGUAAAUGCACUGAUGAUCCCGCAGCUUUUGAUGAUGUUGGCGGGGAGCCAUUCUUUAGGGCAUUACUGGACGAUAUAGAUUCAAGAGUUGCAUAUUACUCCUCUACUUUCCUUCUAAAGAGGAGGAUGUCGGAAGAACCCGAAAGUUACCAGCGUUUGCUACAUAGUCUUGUUUCAAAGGCUCAGCAGAGCAACAACGAAAAACUGUUAGAGAAUCCUUACCUCCAGAUGCGGGGCAUACUGCAGCUAUCAAGUGACUAAUCCUAUACUCUUUUCUCAACCUCAACAAUCUGCCAGCUGAAGAAUCUCGAUGUAUUUCAGUCAUAGUGAUAGCAAAAGCGUAAUAGAUCUCACGCUGCACAUGAUUAAGCACAAUGCAGCUUUUCUGGAAACAAUUUUAGAAAUUCCAACUUCUAACCCAAUUGUGUGCACACCAAAGGACACAGUUAAGAAGCUCCAUAUUCACCCCAAGUUUGAGGGCUUAUGACAUAUUUCAAGAGUUUGUUGGCCAAAAUUAUGAUAGGGAUGCUGUUUGACCUUCCAAUGGAAGCUUAACAUCGAGGCUAUCCUCAGGUGAUUGUAUACCAACUUUUAGGAUGAUAGCAAAUCUUGUACAGGAAAAAUCAUCGGGCAUCCAUAUUUUUCCCCGAGGAGGAUGAAGACGAUGGUGUUUCUGGAACGUGUCUUAGUAAGUCGCGUAUGAAGGUUUUACUCAUCAAUCAAUGCAACUAAAGUUUAAAGACAGCCAUUAGCGUGUUUGUAUGCUUCUUGUAUUUGCAUGUCUUGGUAGUUUUUUUGUGGUGAAAAUUUUGCAGGGGUCCAUUACUAGUGUGGUAAAUAGUUUUUUUUUUUUUCCCCAUAUUUUUAAUGCGUGAAAUUUUGUUUUCUUUGUUUAAUUGGGAUUCAUCCCCAUAGGUAUGUUGUAAAUUUUUUGACAUGUAAAUUAAUCACAUAAUUUAUAAGUUACUACAUAGACA